UUCAAUAAUAAAAAAUUAUAAAAUGAAAUCUCACGUUUCGUUAAUCUCGAGUGUGAUUGUGCAAGCUGACAUAAAUAUUCAAUUUUCAAAUUUAAAUCACCGCGCAAAAUGGAAAGCACCGAAAAAACCAUCGAUGGGUGCAAGAAGAAGACACACCCGCACAAAAAAGCCAACAUUAUUUCAAAACUAUUCUUCUGCUGGCCCUUGCCAUUGUUCGUCAAAGGCUUCAGGAAAGACCUCACCGAGGACGACCUAUACGGCACUUUGAAAGCACACAAGUCCAACCUUUUGGGCGACAAACUCGAAAAGAAAUGGAUCAAGGAGACGAAUAAUCACAGAAACCCGUCCUUGUGGCGAGUUUUAUUCCAAGUGUAUGGGCUUGAAACCAUACUCUAUGGAGUUGUUUUACUCAUCCAGGAAUUAAUCGUAAAAAUGGCUCAUCCGAUGCUAAUAGGCGGGCUUAUGGCCUAUUACGACCCCAACCAAGUGGAGAUCACCAAACAGAUGGCCUAUUUGUACUCUGCUGGGAUCAUUGGAAUAUCAUUCUUGAACAUAAUGAUCAUGCAUUCGUAUUUCUUUGGCUUGCAACAGCUCGGGAUGAAAAUCCGGGUCUCUUGCUGUUCCCUCCUUUACCGGAAGGCUCUCAGACUGAGUAAAAGCAGUCUGAUUGAUACAACAAUAGGACAGACUGUUAAUCUCAUGUCCAAUGAUGUGAACCGGUUCGAUUUCCUGAUAAUGCACAUACACCACUUGGUGAUAGCACCACUGGAAGCCCUGGUUGUGAUUUACCUGCUCUACACCACUGUCCAUCCGGCAGCGCUUGCAGGAGCGGGCCUUAUGGUCAUUUUUGUGCCUUUGCAACUGUAUUUGGGCAAACGCACGUCCUUCUACCGGUACAGAACGGCGAUAAAAACCGACCAAAGAGUGAGACUUAUGAACGAAAUCAUCACCGGAAUACAAGUCAUCAAAAUGUACACGUGGGAAAAACCGUUCGCCAAACUGGUCGAAAUGGCCCGAAAAUUGGAAAUCCACCAAAUCCGGGCCAGCUCCUACCUCAAAGCGAUCAACGUCUCAUUUAUCAUUUUCCUGAACCGGACUUCCAUCUACCUCUGCAUUCUAACAUACGUUCUGACCGGUAACUCGCUAAAUGCCGGUUACGUCUACGUUGUUACGUCCUACUACGGCAUUUUGCGACAAUCCCUGACCAUGUUUCUGCCCCGAGGGAUCACACUUCUGGCCGAAACCAACGUUUCGGUGAAACGAAUCCAGAAAUUCCUGUCGUACGAUGAGAUCAAGCCCCAGGUGAAUCACCCAGACCCCGAGAAACCCAUCGGCGUUUACAUGGAGGACAUCAGCGUCAGAUGGUCACCAACCACACCGGACUUCACCCUCAGCGGAGUCAACUUCAGUGUGGGUCCCCAGCAUCUGGUGGGUGUCGUGGGGCCUGUGGGGAGUGGCAAAACCACCCUCUUGCACGUUAUCCUGAAGGAAAUCGCUUUGGCGAAGGGCAAUCUGGAGAUAAGUGGUCGCAUCUCGUAUGCUGCGCAGGAACCGUGGCUUUUCGCAGCCAGUAUCCGGCAGAACAUCCUUUUCGGCGAGAAAAUGGACCGGGAGAAGUACCAACAAGUGGUGAAAGUGUGCGCGCUGGAGCGGGACUUUUCCAUGUUUCCUUACGGGGACCACACGAUUGUGGGGGAGCGUGGUGUUAUGUUAAGUGGCGGCCAGAAGGCGCGGAUCAAUUUGGCGAGGGCGGUUUACAAAGACGCUGAUAUUUACCUGCUUGAUGAUCCGCUCUCGGCGGUGGACACGCACGUGGGGAAGAGGCUCUUCGAGGAUUGCAUCUCGGGUUAUCUAAGGGAGAAGUGCACGGUUUUGGUCACACACCAGCUGCAGUACCUCCGCAAUGUGGACAGGAUCUACUUGCUUGAAGGCGGUGCCAUCACAGCGAGUGGCACCUUCUCAGAAUUGCAAAACUCCGACUCAGAGUUCGUCAAGUUGUUGGAGAAGCUGGUCACUGAUGAAGACAAGCACGACAAGCAGGAGGAAACCAGCCAGAAGCUCAAAGCUUUCAAAAGCUUCGAUAAGGAGAAGCCGAGCGAAGUUAAGGAGCACCGCAGUGUUGGCACCCUCUCGAAGCGAAUCUACUUUUGUUACUUGAAAGCAGCGGGGAAUUACUGCUUGUCGGUGUGCAUUUUGUUGUUGUUCGUUUUCGCGCAAAUGGCGGCAAGUGGGACGGAUGUGUUCGUCACGUUUUGGGUCAAUCUGGAGCAGGACAGGUCGAGCAACGUGACGAAUGUGGUUUCUGCGUUUUUUACACCCGAUAACUGCAUUUAUAUACACUCUUCGUUUAUAGUUUUUCUCAUUGUUGUAACUAUAACGCGCUCUUUAAGCUUCUUCAAAGUGUGCAUGAGGGCUUCCAGAAAUUUGCAUAAUAACAUGUUUUUGAGCAUUGUGCAUGCGACGAUGAGGUUUUUCAAUACUAAUCCCUCGGGAAGGAUUUUGAACAGGUUUUCCAAGGAUAUGGGGUCCAUUGACGAGACGCUUCCACAGUCAAUUACCGACACUUUACAGGUCGGUUUGAACGUGUUUUCGAUCACAAUCGUCUUGUCGACAAUCAAUCCAUGGAUUAUCAUCCCGACUGUCAUCAUUUUCGCGGUGUUUUACAUGUUUAAAGUCAUAUUUUUGGCCACAAGCAGGAACUUAAAGCGAAUGGAAGGAACAACUCGAAGUCCGGUUUUCUCUCACCUAUCUCAAUCACUACAAGGCCUGUCAACAAUCCGAGCUUUCAACGCCCAAGAAACCCUUCGAUUAGAAUUCGACAAUCACCAAGACCUUCACAGCUCCACAUAUCACAUGUUUAUCGCCACCAGUCGAACAUUUGCAUUUUGGUUGGACAUCAACUGCAUUUUGUACAUCAGUAUCGUAAUCCUUAGUUUUCUCUUCAUCGGUGUUGAGUCAUACGGUGGAAACGUCGGUUUGGCAAUAACCCAAUCAAUCACACUGACCGGAAUGUUGCAAUGGGGCAUGAGACAGUGGAGCGAGCUCGAAAACCAAAUGACUUCGGUGGAACGAGUGAUCGAAUACACCGAACUUGAGCAAGAAUCGGACGAAAAACGCAAAAACGUGCCCGAAACCUGGCCCACAAGUGGAAGAAUUGAGUUCCAAUCAGUCUUCAUGCAGUACUCUCCUGACGAUCCCUUUGUUUUGAAAAACCUGACUUUUGUGAUCAAUUCGAAGGAAAAAAUCGGGAUUGUUGGGCGAACAGGAGCUGGAAAAUCGUCCAUCAUUUCGGCCCUUUUCCGCCUGGUGCCCACCGAAGGCAAUAUAAUAAUCGACGGUGUGGACAUUAACGAAAUCUCCUUGCACUGCUUGAGGUCCAACAUCUCGAUCAUCCCGCAGGAACCGAUCCUUUUUUCGGGGACUUUGCGCAAGAAUCUGGACCCCUUCGACGAAUACAGUGACGAACAGCUUUGGAAAGCUCUAGACGAGGUUAAGUUGAAAGCCCUCGUUUCGGAACAACCCUCAGGAUUGGCGAGCAAUGUGUCGGAAGGCGGGUCGAAUUUCAGUGUGGGCCAGAGACAGUUGCUUUGCCUUGCCAGAGCGGUUAUUCGGAAUAACGUCAUUCUGGUGCUGGACGAAGCCACGGCGAACGUCGACCCACAAACCGACGAACUGAUCCAGAACACGAUCAGGAGGAAGUUCAAGGAAUGCACCGUCUUGACCAUCGCACACAGACUUCAUACGGUGAUGGAUUCGGACAAGAUUUUGGUCAUGAGUGGAGGACGAGCUGUAGAAUUUGAUGAGCCGUACUCUCUUUUGCAGAAAACGGACGGAGUGUUUUACGGAUUGGUGCAGCAAACGGGGAAAGGAAUGGCCGAGAAUUUGAUGAAUAUUGCAAACAAGAAUAGAGAAUACACCACAGAAACGGAUUCAUAAAUCAAUUAAACCCAAUUGGACAAACUUGUUUUUGUUAAUAAAUUAUUGUGAUCGAA